UGUUUCAUUGUAGUGAUUUGGCUAGGAGAGUGAAGUAAUGUGAAAUGUUGUGACGGUGAUAAAACUUAGAGUAAUAAUUAAUUUAAAUCAGUCAAUUUAAGGGUAUAAUUGAGAUUACAAUGUGAUAUGUGCUAUAUAAAAUAGUGUUAAGUUAAUAUAAAUUGUGAUCAGUGGAAUACGGUUUUUCUAAUCUAAUAAUAGUUUAAAAGUGAACAUUGUUUGAAUUUCUAGUGUUAUGAAAAAUUGAUGUUAAAAGUGGCGGGUGCAAAUAUGGGGCAGAGUCCGAGCUCUGUUCGGAGUAAAAGUAGCCGUAGAUCCUUCCGUAAUUUUAUAAGACGUUCGAAACUAAAUAAGUCAAGUUUGAGCCAUACAUUCAGCUUGCCGCCUUCGGAGGAAUACCCUGAGCUGAUGAACGUGAACACGGCGACUGAAGAGCAACUCAUGACCCUGCCUGGUGUAUCCAGGCAGGUUGCGCGGGAAAUUGUUCGUCAUCGUCAGAUGAUAGGAAGAUUCAAACGAGUUGACGACCUUGCUUUAGUCUCAGGUAUUGGUGCUGAAAAGUUAGAAUUACUAAGGCCAGAGAUAUGUACAAAUUCAAAACGACAGAUAUCUAGAGCUAGUUCUUGUACAUAUUCAUUAGAUAGCAUAAGAUCCUCUUCAGAUAAUAAGUUAUGUUCAGUGAAUUCAUCAAGCGUUUUCCAAUUGCAAUGUGUACCUGGCUUAAACCAAGAAAUAGCAGCAAAUAUUGUAGAUUACAGAAUUAAGAAGGGUCCAUUUAAAUCACUCGAUGAUUUAAUAAAAGUAAGGGGAAUGGAUAUAGUUAGACUGAGCACUAUAAAGCAACAUUUAAGCCUAGAACUUAGGAAAAGUGAAAGUGUCCAACAUUUGACUAAUGGACAUAUGAAUGGUUGGAGAGAUCCAUCUUUAAAUGAAUCAGUUCUCAGUAGUGAACCGAAAACACCAAAAAGUCCCCAUAGGAAGAGCUUGUCUAUGCCCAGUAAGAUUGCUAUAACCUUGCCGAAUGGUUUUGCAACUGCUCCAGUGAAUGAUAUCUUGGAUUUACUAUCUGCCUACUCUCAUAGACCUAUCGUUGAAGAAGUAUUCAUGCACGAAAGAGACGGAGCAAGGUGUUGCCGUCUCGCAUCAUGGAAUCUUCAUCAACUUGGUGUGGAAAAAAUCACCAAUCCUGGAGUAAGGGAGGUGAUAUGCAGGACGAUUUUGGAAUAUAAGUUGUCAGUUAUAGCCAUACAAGAUGUGCUCGAAGAGAGAGCUCUGCAGAUGAUCUGCAAUGAGCUCAAUUCUCCGGCUCUCAGAAGAGUAAGGGAGUGGAGGUGUAACAGCCACACUUGGCAGUACUGUUGCUCAAAAAAUGUUAAUGGGAAGAAAUUGGGCUUUAUAUUCGAACGUUCGAACAAACACAUCAUAGUCGAGGAAGUGGGACUCGACCAGGUACACCUGCUCACCGAGGAAAAUGUGCUGCGAAUGGUCGAAGAGCUGACGGCGUUUCGGAGCGAGCAACUAGUCAUAUCUCCUCAAGCGUUCCUAGUAUGCGACCGGCCGGUUGUAAUGAUAAACGUGCAAUGCAACGAUCGCUUGAGUGAAGAGGACGGAGCUAGGCUGAGCGAGAUAGCAGAUCUCGCCCUCGCUAGCAAGCUGCAGCUGGCCUUCUUCGGUGAAUUCGUGAGAUGGGAAAAUUUGAGACCGUUGAAAAACUGCGAAUCGCUGUUGGAACAAGCAAUCGUCACUUCUGUAGACGCUAACGCGACAGGGCAGAGUGUUAUCCUUUGUCCUGGGACCAUAGACAAAAGCUACUUUAACGGCCAUUCAGGAGUAAUUAGGUGUGGUUUGUGUCAUUUGGCUAUACCGCGAGGCUGGUCAUGGGGUGGGCCUGCGUCUCCAUUUUGUCCCAUAUGGGUCGAGCUAAAAGUGCCAGAUUGACAAAAAGUAAUCGUUGAAAUUAGUAACGAUUCAUACAUAAGCUGUGUGACGACAGCCCUCCUACUGUUAUUACAAUUCAUUUUAUUCCAUUUGCUAUUCUAGGGCGGCCAUUUUAUCAAAUGUCACUUUUGCCGUCAAAUCCCUUUUAAUCUCUUUUUUGACCCAAUCCUAAUUUAUUCGCUGUAAGCAUAGAUUAAUGAAAAAUAUAUUUUUAAUAAUCAAUGCCGUGUUUACAAUUCUUAAAAAAAUAAUAAUCAAUUUAUUGUAAGAAGAUUCUGUAUAUUUUCUGUACAUUUAGUUAUUUAUGUAUUAUAACAGUUAUUUUUAUUAAUAAAAAAGAUGUAUUUCUGUAUAUACAUGUAUUUUUAAACUGUAACUAUAACCUAAACUUGUUUUAUUAAAAUAUUGUUUUAUUAUUAAAAUUUUAUUUAGUGAGAUGUACUUGCGUCCUUUGUAGCCUAAAUUAUUAUUAAAAAAUCAUAAUUUUUUUAAAAUACUGUACAAUUAUCGGGAUUUAAGCUUAAUACCACAUUACAUUAAAAAAAAAGAUUUCACGUUUUCUGAACUUUUCAAUACUUAGAAAGGUUGCCAAAUGAUAUUAUGAAUUUUUAAUGUGUCAACAGAAAUGAAAUAAUAGACUAAUAAAAUUUCCAAAUCGAUAUGUCGUUUAAGCUUAGCAUUUUGUAGGACUUCGUUAUAAAUCGUUUUAAAGUAAAAUGCAAAAUGAAACAGCGUACCUGAUAUGCUUUGCUUUUUAGAACGUUCGUACUUCAUCCGAUACGAUAUUUGUGACGGACCGACGGACGGACGGAGUCAAAACUUAUCUUUGACAAAUGAAAUUUGAUUUCAAGGUUGUAUUUGUAUGUAACGUUUGAGAGUAAAAUUUCAGACGAAUAAAAAUAUUUCGCUUCUGUUACUUUUACUGAGAUGCACGUGGUUUAUUUUUUCGUCAUAUUGUCCACAAUGUCGAAUCUGAUAAUCGUCUACACACUCCGACUUCCGGUACUAUAGGUUCCGGAAGUUGGAGCCUGAUGGUAAUAUAUUCAAUGUGUUUUUUUUUUAUCUAGAAAAAUUGUCAUUGUCUCGUACCUCCGAUGUUUUAUCGAUUAUCGUAUCGUAUGAUGUAAUAACGUUAAUAGAACGUUAGGAAUAAUGAAAUUUAUAUAAAUACGACAAUUUUCAUAGAAUUGAAGUACUAAGAACGUGUAUUUAACUAAAGAGGUCUAUUUAAUAUUUUUGUAUUAUUGUAUGAGGAAUUGAUCUCGUAUUUAUUAAAUUAUCUCAGAGAAUAUUGAAAAACAUUGAAAAAGUUCCUUAAAUAGUUACUCAUUUAAGUGAUUUCAAUUAAUAUUUAAACAUAUCUGACGUUGAGUUUUGUUUUUUUUUUUUUAAAUAGAAAAAUAAACAAGUUAUAAAGUGCGCAAAUCCUUUGUAUUCUGACCGUGAGCAGCGGGCCUAGAUAAUGUCACAUAGCAAUUAUUAUUGAUUUCACUUAAAGUAACGGCCAAAAUGUAUCGAAAUGAGUAUUCAAUUUUUCAUGUGAUCAAAAAUUUAGUAUUGCAUUGACAAUUGUGGCAUGCUGUGUCUAGACGUAUUCUAUAGAAACCUUACUUAUAAAUAUUGCUUAGCGGGUGAUUAGUUAAACGAUGCUGUCUUCUUCUUUCGAAUGCUACAUCGAUAAUGACAGAAAGAGAGUAAUGUGUGUUUAACUAAACAGCCGCGAAAUAAUUUCUAUAGCUAAAGCCGCUAGUAAUUAGUUAUAUACCAAAACUGUCACUUAAAAUAAAACAAUGUUCGUACGUAAUAGGGGUCAAAACUCAAGCGUGUUAAUUAUAGACUAAUUACAGGACUAUUGAAGCAUCGCCUGUUCCUUCUUGUGCUCGCGUUUACUACUCGGCUGCACGCGCUCUAGAGCUUGACUUAUUUAUACUCUAAAGUCUAAAGUUUUAAAUCACUGGCAAGUAAACAACAAAAUUACCUUCCAAAAAUAUUCUGUGACAGAAAACUUUACGUCUAAAUACUUUUUUAUUUCAAAUAGGAAAGAAUAAAUUAAACUAUUCUUUUCUUUUUUCUUUAAUAAAUUUAAUAAUGACUUAAAGCAAUCGUCUUUCUUGUAUUUAAUCCAUUUUAAAACGAAUUUACGAACUUUCAUUUGACACACAGUAUAUCGUAUUUUAUCGCAUUAAUUAUUUUUACCCAUUUUGUGAUAAAAAAUGUAAUUUAUUUUUUAUGUAUAUUAUAUUUUAAGUGUUACGUGUUACCGUGGUGUAAUUUAUUUGGUGGAUUGAAAUAAAUUAAUCAGAAUUGU